GUUAAUAAUAAUACUCAGUUGACAUUCGCGCAGCGCAAACAUGAAUCCCCAGCAUUUUGUCCUCGUGAUUUUCACCGCUUUCAUAUUCUUUUCAUUUACAAAUGGACAAACAGGCACUAAUACAACAACAACCAACAAUACAACAACGACGACGACGGCUAAUUUAAAUUGCAGCGCGAAUGAAACUCUCGCACAGUCCGGACAGGAUUGCUUAACAUGCGCAACACAAACCGCAAGUUGUCCUUUGAUCAACGAAGCAAGAUGUUAUUGCAAUUCAGGAUAUGUGAGGAAUACGACGAAUGCUUGUAUAUUACCAGCGUAUUGCUCAGCUGAAUCUACUGCUGGAUGCUAUGCAAAUUCAACUUUAUCUUCAAUGAGUUCAAAUUGUUUUACGUGUGAUAAUUAUAGAACAGCUAGUUGUCCAUUAUCUACGAGUCGGAGAUGUUAUUGCAAUGAUGGAUACGUUUCGGAUAUAGAUAAUCAACGCUGUGUCUAUCCAGUUGACUGUCCUGUAUAUGCAGCUGGUCAAUGCAGAGCCAAUCAGACUUUUAGUGAUAGAGGCUAUGACUGUGACACGUGUGCCAAUUACCAAACGAAUCGAGAGUGCUUCGUCAGCUAUCAAGCGAGGUGUUACUGUAAUGUUGGAUUUGUGCGUGAGGUACGCACACAAAGAUGUAUUAGACAACAGGAUUGUCCUAGUGAUAUCAAUGAAGAUUGUUCUGUGAAUCAAACACUUGCAAAUUAUGGUUAUGAUUGCGCAACCUGUGCGAAUCCAGCAGCAUCCUGUAGUCCAAUAAAUCUAACUAAAUGUUACUGUCUUAAUGGAUACGUCCGCACGGUGAGUGGAGAUUGCGUGCAACCUCAGGAUUGUGCACGAGCUGUGGAUCUGCCAGCUGGCGCGAGCUGCCGAGAUCCCUGGAGCGUCGGCUGUAAUCCCGAAUGUGUCCCAACGUGCCGCCGGCGUGACUUUGGUUUCUUCGGGCCGGGACGCUUCUUUUGCCGGCCCGCCUGCGAGGUUUGUUAUUGCCCUACUGGGCAGGUGCGUAACGAUAAUGGCGACUGUAUUCCGCAGAACCAGUGCAGGCAAUAUCCGUAUAAUUUUCCCAAUUUUAGAUUCACUUUUUAAUUUUAGUUUCUACCUAUAUGUAUUAUCAUUUACCUGAAGGUUGUGGCAUGUUAACAUAAGUAAUAUUUAUUUAAUUAAUAAAUUAUUCUAUAAUAAACUUUGUAAUAAAGAAGAAUAAAUAAACCAAACAACAAAGAA